AUGAGUGAGAAGAUUGAUGAGCCCGAACGGGUAGAUACACCAUUUACCGAAGCUAUUAAAACACAGAAAGACACUGAAGCCCUGAUUGCCCAGUUGAAGAGUACAAUAACACAAUUGGAGCGUGUUGAGCAAUUGGAAAAAUCACUUGGGAUCUUUUCUGACACAGACGUGGACAAAUCUGAGAGUUCUGAAAAUGAGCCUGCGCUUCGGAUUACCUUUGUGAAUUCCUUCACCAACAGCGAUGAGUCUGAAAAGAGUGCAGAGUCGCAAGUCUCAACACAGAAAAGCGCCGAAACAAACCUCAAAGUAACAAACUCAUUCAGAAAAAGGCCUCAUGGCAAUGAGGACUUCGAGGCACGUCGUGACUGCAAGAACGACUGA